CGGCGCACGCGCGCGCGAGGGGGCGGGCAGGAGGCGGCGCCGCUGGAGCCGGGGCAGGAAGCGAGUCGGGAGCGGCCGCGAGGACAUGGCGGAGACCAUUAUAAUCCGUGUCCAGUCGCCGGAGGGAGUAAAACGUAUCACAGCCACAAAGCGGGAAACUGUUGCAACUUUUCUGAAAAAGGUUGCAAAAGAAUUUGGCUUCAGAAAUAAUGGGUUUUCUGUGUACAUCAAUAGAAAUAGGACGGGUGAGAUCACAGCCUCUCCCAACAAGUCCCUCAAUGUACUUAAAAUCAAACAUGGAGAUAUGCUGUUUCUCUUUCCUUCAAGCCCUGCUGGUUCUUCCUCUGAGAACAUGGAUACCUCAGUGUCUCAAGGAACACGCCACAUAAAUGUUCCCCAAGUUGUAGAAGAUGACAUUGACCAGUACCUAAUGAAACAAGAUGGGAAGAUUUACAGGAACAGAGACCAGCAACUAUGUCGGCAUGGCCCAUUGGGUAAAUGUGUGCACUGUGUACCAUUAGAGCCUUUUGAUGAAGAUUAUUUAAACCAUCUGGAACCUCCUGUGAAGCAUAUGUCUUUCCAUGCCUACAUCAGGAAACUGACCGGAGGUGCAGACAAGGGGAAGUUUGUUGCCCUUGAAAACAUUAGCUGCAAGAUUAAAUCUGGGUGUGAGGGACAUCCCCCGUGGCCAGAAGGGAUCUGUACAAAGUGCCAGCCCAGUGCCAUCACGCUCAACAGGCAGAAAUACAGGCAUGUGGAUAACAUCAUGUUUGAGAACCAUACAAUCGCAGAUCGUUUCUUAGACUUCUGGAGAAAAACAGGAAACCAGCAUUUUGGAUACCUGUAUGGGAGGUACACAGAACAUAAAGACAUCCCUCUAGGUAUUCGAGCUGAGGUUGCUGCCAUCUAUGAACCGCCUCAGAUUGGUACACAGAACAGUCUCGAGCUUCUAGAAGACGCUAAAGCAGAUAUUGUGGAUGAAAUUGCUGCCAAGCUUGGCUUGCGAAAGGUUGGCUGGAUAUUUACAGAUCUGGUCUCUGAGGAUACACGAAAGGGGACUGUCCGAUACAGUCGGAACAAGGAUGCCUAUUUCCUCAGCGCAGAAGAGUGCAUCACAGCUGGGCAUUUUCAGAACCAGCAACCAAAUAUAUGCCGCCUGUCUCCGGAUGGUCACUUUGGAUCCAAGUUUGUAACUGUUGUGGCAACAGGUGGUCCUGACAACCAAGUCCACUUUGAGGGCUACCAGGUAUCCAAUCAGUGCAUGGCCCUGGUGCGUGAUGAGUGCCUGCUGCCAUGCCGUGAUGCUCCAGAACUUGGCUAUGCAAAAGAAUCCAGCAGUGAGCAAUAUGUUCCUGAUGUGUUUUAUAAGGAUAUAGACAAGUUUGGCAACGAGAUCACUCAGCUAGCCCGUCCACUCCCGGUCGAGUAUCUAAUAAUUGAUAUUACUACCACGUUCCCUAAGGAUCCAGUUUAUACAUUUUCUAUUUCUCAAAAUCCAUUCCCUAUUGAGAAUCGUGAUGUACUGGGAGAAACGCAGGACUUUCACAGUCUGGCUACAUAUUUAUCCCAGAACACCUCAUCUGUGUUCCUUGACAUAAUCUCCGAUUUCCAUCUGCUCCUCUUCUUGGUCACCAACGAAGUCAUGCCUUUAAGGGAUAGCAUCAGCUUGUUACUGGAAGCAGUAAGGACCCGGAAUGAGGAGCUGGCACAGACUUGGAAAAAAUCGGAGCAGUGGGCCACCAUUGAACAGCUUUGCAGCACUGUUGGCGUUCAGCUGCCAGGACUCCAAGAAUAUGGCGCCAUGGGUAGCUCGACACAUGCCGCAACCUCUUCCAUGUGGGCCUGCCAGCACUGCACCUUCAUGAACCAGCCAGGCACAGAUCAUUGUGAGAUGUGCAGCCUCCCACGCAGCUAAGCCUCGUCUGGCUUGGCAUUCAGGGCGGCCAUUACAGACCAACUGGCAGAGAAAUACAGAGGCAAACCCCUAGCCAGGCAGGAUUGUACUUCCUCCUGGGAUGUUGCGCGGUGAGGGGCGAGGCAGGGGGGAUCUGACCCUUACCACAGGCACACAGUGCCAUUCAAAGGGUUGUCGCUUGCCGUUGGAACUGGAUGUCUUGGUGGGGGAACAUAACAUAGCCCCUCUACCUGUGCUGCUGCCUUGUCUUUUCUUUGCUCUCAGUAUUGUAGAAAGCCAGAGGCCGUGUUCCCCCUUGAGCUGCAUUCGCACGAAUGGCUCACCAGCUCUGCAGGCGCAUGGCAGCGAGGGGUCGCGACCCCCUCCCCCUGUUAGCUUGCAUGCCACAAGCUUUUCCCAGCCUUAAGCCAGUGAGCGAGGCUAGGCAACAGUGUUGUAAGGGACGGCUUGGUCUCCCAGGGCUAGCUUGCCUAACAUCGCUCUCUUAACAUGCUUUGCGUUCAGCCUCAGAGUCGCUGGGUCACUGGUGCCUGAUUCAUUUCAGCCUGCCCUCUUAAUUAGAGCUUCCGAAUUUAGUGGUGGCAGAACAUAUAGCAGCUCAGAGCUCUAAUCUAAGCCCCAAAGCACCUUGGCACCAGAGAACGGAGGAAACGGCCUUCUCAGCUUGGUCAUGGUCUCUCUGCUUGCCUGCCGACCCGGUUCUCGUCCAGCUCCUACCACGAUGACAGCAAGUGAAAUAGAUCAGCCAACAGCUGUUCCUCCCUCAGAGGGUCAUUCCUUGCCAAAUCUGGCAUUGGGGCCAGUUGGCUUCCUGCUCAGGAAGUAGACAUCAUCUUGGCAAUAAUAUCCUGGCUGUGUCAGAGUUGGGCAGGCAACAGUUCACAAGCAGUGAUCUUUGUGCAUCCCUUUGCAUUUAAAACUGUUCCUUGGUCCUUAUAGCUGUGAGCAGGAAAACUUGCAAGUUCCUUCCUCAUGCCUGCUGUUGACUUGAAUAGCGUCCCAGCAGGACAAAGUUUAAAUUGGGCAUCUGUUGGCAUCUUGGAAGGAGCUCUGUCCACUCCACAUUACAUUCUCAGGAAGCUGAGGUUCUCUUUGUCUCAAGAGCACUAGUCUGCCAGCUGUUUCCAUAACCACAUCAACAGAGCCCUCCAAUUCCCCAUUUCCUCUGUGCACAAACUUUCCCUGUUCCCAGUUGUGCACAGGAAGGUUUUCCCUGAUCCAGAAUUCUCAGCAUUCCUGCCAAUACUAUUAUCUGUUAGGGGCACUGUUCAGUUCUGUCUGCAGCAAUAUUUUCUGCACAACUGGCCUGUUAUCACUCGGCCACAUCCAUCCACUUCAUCACAGGGAAACAAGGCAUUUGUUCUAUCAGUUGGAUGGAGAGCCUUUCAGUCUUGGCGAGUUUUAUCUUUUCAGGUUCUCAGCGCAGCAAAAAGGAAAAAAAAAUGUGCCUCUACCCCAGCUACCUGUUUUCAUUAUGGGCUUGCAGACCUGGCUCACAGACCGCUGCCAUAACUCACGCGGCCUCUGCCUUCCGUGGUGGAAGUAUUUGGGGCUUUGUCCUUCAAGGGUUUCAAUCAAGUGAUUGGUCAUCUGGCCUCUUUCUAAUGCUGACAGGGUAUGUGACUCUUUCUCCUUUCCUGGGUUUGCGUUUGAUUAGAUUUCCUGAGCUCACUGAGCCGUAGCUGCUCUUGCUAUUCUCUUCGUUCUAUGGGUUGCAGAGGUAUAUGUUUGGUUUGGACCGGAGUUAACGGAAUAACAGCCCUGCAAAUUAAAAAAAAAAACAAACCUCUAUUAAAAGCAUUUGAAAUGGAA